GUUCUCUGAAGCAGACAGUUGUCUAUCUUCCAUCAUAAGCUACUGAUCAAAACAAGAUUUUGUUUAUGUAUGCUGUUAUUAAUGGCCUCUCCAAAAUAGCUACACAACAGAAAAAAACAGUGUAUCUCUGCCAGCUUUUGACAAGAAUUGCAAAAGGAAAAACACUUGAUUGUCAUUUUGAAAAUGAUCAGAGAAUUUCACCUUUGGAAUCUGCUCUGUCAAUUUGGACUUUAAUUGAAAGGGAAGACAGUAAACAUGAUAAGCUUCAUGAAGAUAUUCGUCGCUUAAUUCAGAUUCAGGUUGUAGCAGUUCAUAUGGAAAAAGGAUAUUUUAAGGAGGCUGCUGAAGUUCUUGAAAGGUUAUUUACAGAUUUGGAGUCAAAUAAGCCUUUAAGGAUGAAACUGGCAACCAUAAUUAAGAGCAAGGAUCCAUAUGUUCCCUUUCUUCAAAACUUCAGCUACAAUCUUUUGAUAAGUAAAAUAAAGUCUUAUGUUGAACUCUUCAUGAAAGACAGUGAAACUAACUUCUUAAUACAGGCAGCCACAGAACAGGUGGAGGCUAAAGAAUUAGGAGCAACAAUGUUGCAGAAGGAACCUGCGAAUGUCAAUGAAACAAAGGAAGACAGUAAUUUGGAAACAAAUCAGAGCUUUAUGGAAGAACAGAGUAUUACAAAUCCGUCACCUGGAGAUGUAAGAAAACCCACAGUAAGGCCUCACUCAAGACAGAAACACAGAAAAAGCAGUGUUCUUCAAAAUCUGAACAGCUUGCAGAAUGUAGAUAAACACGCAGACGCUUGGGCUUGUGGCCGAAAAAGGCAGCGAUGGACAUAUGCAGAAGACCUGCAAUUGAAAUCAGGAGUAAGGGAGUUUGGAGUGGGCAAUUGGGCCAAAAUUUUGGUCCAUGGUGAAUUCAACAACAGAACUAGUGUCAUGUUAAAAGAUCGAUGGAGAACACUCUGCAGGAUUGACCAGGUCUAAUUUGGACUGCAAGAAUCAACUUUAACUGUUCUUGAGCCUUUCCUACAUGAGGAUAAGUUUAGCUUUUCAGAAUAACUUCAACUGUACCUUAUGUUGACCACUUAACUCCACAGAAACAUUUUUUGUAGUAUUUUAAAAUAUCGGUACAGCCAUCAGUCCUAUGAAUCUAAGUAUAUUCUUUCUUUUGCAAUCCUAUUGUUGAACUUUUUUGCUCUGCAAUGAAUGGCUAAUAUUUUGAAUAACUUAUUUCUACAGAAUGAAAUACUCAAGGUUGUGUGCUGUUAGUCUCAAAAGUGUUGUUAUCCUAAAACAUAAAAAAAAAUAGUAAAAACAUCCAUAUAAGCUCACUUGCUCAGGUAAUGAAUGAAGUCUUAAAUAUAAAGCCUGGUCUUUAUCUACAUGCCGUUAAGUGUCCUAUUUUCUGAAAUGUGAAAAUAUUUUAAAAGAUAGGUUAAGUAUGUACAUAGGGGUACUAAAUGCUGGCAACAUGUUUAGCUUGAUAGCGGGUAAUGGUCAGUGCUCUGUAUUUUAUAAAGGCUUCUAUCUGUAGUCAGACUGAGCUUUUGAUUGUUUUGAUUCCUGCCAUAGUCUAUUCUAA